UAGAGCUCAUAAAGUACACUAGGGUUUAAGGCUUCUCUGCUUCUUCAUAUCUGGGUUUUUGGCUUCCUUCUCCACCGCGUGUAAACCAACAACAGAGUCGUCACCAUGCCUCGCACCACCACACUGGAGUGCCCAGGCUGCCCUCCUCUUCGGGCCUUGACAUUCGACGAGCUUGGUCUCAUCAAGGUUACUGAAGCUCGGAGUAAGCAAGGAGGGGUUCCCAAGAUGGUUGAGAGAUGGGGUGACCCGGAUGCCUCGAAAUGCGUGCUCGCCGCUUCCAUGGACGACCGGAAGUUCGCCCCGUUACUAGCUGUUGCGAGAAAGAAUGGCACAGUUGAGGUUCUUAAUCCUCUCAAUGGUGAUCUCCAUUUUUCAGUCUCCAAGACUGGGGAAAGUGGUGCACAGGAUGAAGAGGAUGCUGUCUCUGGGUUGCAUUUAUUUGCAAAGCAAAAUUUGGAACUAGCUUCUAGGUCUUGCACUUUGCUCACAUGUACAACAAAAGGGAAUGCAAGCAUAAGAUCUUAUGAAGUGACUAAAUCAGCUGGGGAUGUCACCUCCAUCGGAUCGUCUAGAACAUGGAAUGUAUGUGCUGGUGGUGAUAUCUCAUGCUCUAAAGUUGAUGGAAGUGAAAGCUAUUCUCUGUUUGGAGGGAAGCGUGUUGAGAUGAAUGUAUGGGAUCUUGAAAAUUGUGCCAAGAUUUGGACAGCAAAAUCUCCUCCUAAAAACAGCCUUGGUAUAUUUACCCCAACUUGGUUCACAUCUGCCACAUAUUUGAGUAAAGAUGAUCAUCGCAAAUUUGUUGCGGGCACCAAUAGCCAUGAGGUUCGUCUCUAUGACAUUUCUGCUCAGCGGAGACCUGUCAUAUCAGUUAAUUUCCGGGAGACCCCUAUCAAAGCUAUUGCAGAAGAUUCAGAUGGCCAUACCAUCUAUGUAGGGAAUGGCUCUGGUGAUCUGGCUUCUAUAGAUAUUCGUACAGGGAAAUUGCUAGGAUGCUUUUUGGGAAAAUGCUCUGGUAGUAUAAGAUCCAUAGCCAGGCACCCAGAAUUUCCAGUCAUAGCUUCAUGUGGAUUGGAUAGUUAUCUACGAGUUUGGAAUGUAAAGACGCGGGAACUACUCUCUGCGGUUUUCCUGAAGCAGCAUCUUACAAAAGUUCUUUUUGAUUCGAACUUUGCUGAUGAAGAAUCCGCCGUUCCUGCAGAAGAUCGAUUGCAUGAGGAAGAGCAUAUUACACCUGGGACUCCGUAUCAAGGGGAUGGUGAUACAUUACCUGUGAAAAAGAAAAAAUCAAAAGGAAAGAAAGGGAGCAAAAAGGAAGCAAUAACAGAUGGUGGAAACGAGGAAGCUGGGACUCCUUAUGAAGAGGAUGUUGAAAUGUCAACUGUGAACAAGAAAAAGUCUAAAGAAAAGAAAAGGAGCAAGAAGGAAGCAGAAGUAGAGACUGGAAACGAGGAAGCUUCUGAAGAGAAUGGAGGGAAGAAGUUAACAUCCAAGAAAAGUACCAAAAGAUUAAAACGAGUGAAUCCUGAUGACAAAUUAUAAUCGAGAUGACAUCUAUACUCGUUUCAAUUACAAACAAGGAUGAAGAGGGCAUGUGUUAGCAAUAUUGUACAUCGCCUUGUUAUUUUUAUCAGAUUGGUGUUGAACCUGCUACCGCAGCUGAAAUUUGAACGAGAUUGCAAUAUUAGUUCUCUUUGGGGUCGUCAA